AAUCGGAACAGUUUAUCCACAGAUAUUCAAAGAUUAUUUCUUCCUUAAAAACUUUUCCAAAUGUUCUCAAUCUGUUUUACCACAAAAAAAAGUGCCCUACUCCAAAUUCCAAUUUCCAAACCUACCAUAUGAAAAGCUCCGAAAAGCUUGAAACCAUGCCACCGACCUAUAUAACAACUUUUCUCUUUAUAUAAAAAUAAAUAGUCAACCAGUAUCUAGCUAUUCUCAAAUAUUUUAUCCUGUUGUAAAAUAUUGAUAUUUUUAAUUUUUUUGAAAAUGAUUUCCCAAAAACAACGUCAAAAUAAUUACUGGCAAAUGGUUAUCAAACAGAUUGAAUUGAACGCCCUCAAGAAAAAUCGAAGGGACCGCAUUAAAAACUACGACUUCUAUUUAACAUUGCCGAAAAAUCUUCACCAAAGAGUUGCAAAAAUUAUUCCUUUGGAAUAUUCUGAUGAAUUUCCAGAACAAAAACCACAACACAAGGCUAAAAGUCAACAAACAAUUAAAGACGAUGAAUCUGUAGUCAGUGUCAAGAAAACAGACUUCAAUGAAAGUACAUGCUCAAUAGUUGAGAGAAAAGAAGACGAAUUCCCAAAGUUCGAUUUGAAUUUAGAAAAUGUCAUUGAAAAGAAAUCAACACGUGAGAAACGUCAUAACUGGUAUUCGGGCUUUAUUUGUGCUCAGCGAAAGGAUAGGGUAAAAUGGAAAUCGAAAAUUUAUCAAAUGGAAAAAAGCAUCUGGGAAAAGCCUCUCGAUGAGCAAGCCGAGCAACUUAUGGAUGCAUCGGCAGAAAGGUUCACCGAUUGGGUAAAUAACCUCGGUAGUAAAAGCGAAAAGGACAUGACAAAGGAACAGCUUAAAUCGCUUUUUUCCAUCGAAGGCAAUGCAAAGCUUUUAGCAUCUAUCCAAACCGAUCCGAAGGAAGUUAAAGCUAUAGCAAAAACUGUUGCAGAUAGAUGGAAUUUACCGGAAAUGGCCAUUGAAUUGAAAUAUGAAAGUUAUAUAACGGCAAAUUUAAAAACAGCCCCAAAGAAGGCUAGAACUGUGGCAUUUGGAAAAACUAUUCCUUAUAAAGAGAGGCCUUGGAUACGUGCCGAUGAGGAUGUAUCAAUUGAAACUGUCUUUCCUGAUGAACUUCGGAAUGGAGAACAUCUUUUCAAAGGAAUUUCUCAUUUACGUUCGACUAAGGCAUUGAUUGAGUAUUGUAACAAGAAACCAAACAUCCCGAGACCAAAGUAUUUGGUGGAAAAUGGUUAUUUUAAUGUGGCUGCAAAAAGAGUCUCCGAUGGUUACGUUCCACUUUAUGAACUUUUGAAAAUUAAGUAAUCAAUAAAAAU